UUCAUAAAUCAAACAGCGCCAAAUAAAGACUAGUGGCAGAUGCCAGAGAAAGAUAUGAUGGCGGAUAACAGGCCUGUCAGGAAAAAUAGCUCCGACGACGGAGGGCCACAGGAGGAGGAGGACAGAGUGAAAACUAAGCCUGUCUCUUGUAGCACUGGGGGGGCAGAUGGGACUGCUGUCAAACGCACAUCUCAGCAUCUUACCCCUGAAGACGAGGACGAGUCCUCAGCAGACCAACCAGCACCAUGCAAAACCUCCAAAAUUGGCUUCAGCAUGGGCAGUAAAAUGGCGAAGAAAUCAAACCCUAUUUCUAUCAAACUAGGAGCAACGAAACCCAAGGAGGUAGUGCCAUCACUUCCUCCAAAAAAGCUGGUGUCAGUUUUUAACGAAGAUGAUGAUAGCGAACCAGAAGAAAUGCCUCCAGAAGCAAAGAUGAGGAUGAAGAACAUUGGGAGGGAGACCCCAACAUCUGCAGGCCCCAACUCCUUCAACAAGGGCAAGCAGGGCUUCUCUGAUAAUCAGAAACUCUGGGAGAGGAAGCUGAAGGCCCAGUCUGACAAGUUGUAAAUCACUGCCACAAAGUUCUGUCACUAAAUGACAUUUUUGUACUUGUUAAUGUGAGAUAUCUACGAAGGCUCUCAAUUUUGUCUCUGCAGCCUCGGUUUGUACAACUUGGCGCACAGCAGUGAAGGCUACUUUCAGUCUUCCACCUUGUGUUUACGCUUUUAACCACAGCUGGUUGAUCUUAACUCAAGAGGAGACAUUUUGCCUGGUGCCUCUUGUCUCCAGAGAUGUGGAGUAGUAAUGACGAAGGGAGAAGAUGGCCAGAAAAUAAUUUACUUUUUUCUUCGCUACGUCUUGCUUUUGUUUUGUUGGCUAAUUGGAUGAUUGGGAUAGUCUCUGUCCUCAUGCUGUUACCGUUUUUGUUCCCUCCUCCAUGCGCUGGUAUGGUUUAAUCCUAACAAGCAUGUUGCUUGUCUGACGUUGGUGUAAAAAUGUACAUAGUGACAAUGUUUUAUUUUUUAAUCCACAAACUAGUCGGUGGGUUAAAUUAUUAAGUGUAGGUUUUUAUUUUCUUUUUGUUUUGCUUUCAGAUUAAAUUCUUUUUUGAAUUUAGAUCUUCACUUUUACUGCACAGCCCUUUGCUUUUACCAACUCCCUCACCUAUGAGAACACUUUUUGUUUUAAUUUCUGCCUCAUUUGCCCUGUCAAACAUGCAGCCGAAAUCCAGUUUGUCGCGCUUGCAGUAAAUGUUCUCUGUUGUCAAAUAUUUAAACAUUGAAUCGUUACCAUACACACUUUCUUGGUUGCCCUUUUGUUAAAAUUAGGUACUUUCCCAAAACUAUUUUCCUUUUGAAUUUAACUCAUCAACAUGUGUGUUGUGUCUUCAACUCUUUUCCCACUAUCCAAAAUGUAUAGUUUUGAUUUUUCUGUGGAUUACGCAGCCAUUCGUUCUGACAUCUCUGAAUAAAAUAUAUCAACUA